AUGCAGAGAGCAUUUUACAGAUCACACUAACGGCGAAGCAGAAUAUUACUAUCAUCCACUGGGCUCCACCUGAGCUACUGUGCAUAUCUUGUCCGUUCGGAUUCAGGACCCUACCCAUUGGAUGGUCCUGAUUUUCAAAGGAGCAUCCCAAUCACUGCGCGGCCUUCGUGGUUGCUCAUUUCGUUCGCUCUCUCCACACUGAACUUGCAUAUCGGAAUCUUGUUGACGGAGUCCCAGAGGUAUGGCCGAAGAAGAAGAAGAAGCGGAGCUUAGCGACAAGCAGAAGAUCGAAAUUGCCAAAUGGUUCCUCCUCAACUCUCCUCCCGGAGAAAUCCAAUACGUGGCCAAAGAUGUGAAAUCGAUUCUGAACGAUGACGAUGUGUAUCGUGAGGCGGCGUUGGAGGCAUUUUCCUUGUACAAUAAAUCUCACAUGAUUUCCCUUGAAAUGCCGGAUCGGAGUGGAGACGUGCUGGUUACUACGUUUGGUGAGCUUGAAGAGAAUGCCUAUCUUGAUCCGAGGACUACUCAAGUUGCCAUAGUUGACCAUGUUAAACAAGUUUGUACAGAGGUGAGACCUGCAACUGAUGAAGAACUUCCAUCUCCAUAUAUUGAAGAAUUCCGAUGUGCCUUGGAUGCAGAAACACUUAAAUAUGUCGGUGAAGCUUAUCCAAAAGGUGUCUGCUCUGUUUACUGUGUAAAUGGAAAAGACGUAGAGGGCCCAGGUUCUGAUUUUGAGCUUGUUGUAGUGAUUUCUACAGCUAAGCAUAGUCCACAGAAUUUCUGCAAUGGUAGUUGGCGUUCAGUAUGGAAUAUUCUGUUCAACGAUGAUCUACAGAUAGUUGAAGUACAGGGGAAAAUGCAGGUUGGUGCCCAUUAUUUUGAAGAAGGAAAUGUGCAGUUAGAUGCAAAACAUGAGUGCAAAGAUUCUACCCUUUUUCAGGCCCCUGAAGAUUGUGCCCUUGCCAUAUCAAGCAUUAUUUGUCACCAUGAAACAGAGUACCUGGCUUCUCUUGAGGCAUCGUAUUUAAACUUGCCUGAUUCCACUUUUAAGUUCAUGUAUACAGGGUACUUCAACUUGCCUUCUCAGUUCUUAUUGGAUCGCAUGGGGGCUUAUAUACCUUUGAUCGCUCAACCUGACAAUGUGGUCUCAUUUUUUUCAAUUGAUCUUCGGAGGAAGCUUCCGGUCACUCGUACACUAUUUCCGUGGCACAAUACGCUGCAGUUCAGCUUGACAAGAGACAUCACAAAAGAGCUUGGCAUUGGAAAGUGAACAUGCACCCAAAAAAAAAAAAAAACAGAAAGACUGCUGUUUUCUCGAGCAUGAAGCGGCUUUGUUGUCCUAGAAAGUAGAAAGCAGAGGCCAGGAAUUGAAGAAUUUGGUUGCAGGAACGUAUCUUCGCUGUUGGAAUCUCCCCAGACCACGCAUUCGUGCCCCUCAGGGUAGAAGAAAUGGUCGUUUCAAAUUAUUUUCCUCUCUCGAACUUGCCUUUAUGAGAUAGAGGGGAUGGUUAACAAAUCAAUGAAACGCAUAGACAUACCUUUACUGUGUGACACGCUCCCUUUGGUCCCUUUCAAUUAUAUAAAUUAUUAUGAGGUA